AUAGUAUAUUUUGGUGAACAUGACGGAACAAAAACACUUCACGAAAUUGAAGAAUUUCAUCUUUCAUAUCUGCUUUCUGUGAAAGAGUCUGAGAAUGAUGCUAAAAGUUCACUUCUCUAUAGCUACAAAAACAACAUCAAUGGUUUUGCGGCUAAGCUUACUCGGAAUGAAGCCUCAAAGCUCUCUAAAAUGGAGGAGAUAAUAUCAGUUAUUCCUUCACAUGGAAAAUACCAAACUCAGACUACAAGAUCAUGGGAUUUCGUGGGAUUAAAUGACUAUUCAUGGAGUGGAACUCAAAUGGGAGGAAAUUUAAGGUUAAAUGCUCAAUAUGGUCAAAAUCAAAUUAUUGGUUUUAUUGAUAGUGGUGUGUGGCCAGAAUCACCAAGCUUCAUUGAUGAAGGAAUGGAUCCUGUCCCAUCAAGAUGGAAAGGUAUCUGCACAGAAGUAGAUGCUUUCAACGCAAUCCACUGCAAUAAAAAAAUAAUCGGAGCUCGAUACUUCACCAAUGGUUUUACCAGCUUGUAUGGCAAAGUUAACUCGACGGAAGACUAUAUUUCGGCGCGAGAUGCCGACGGCCACGGAUCCCACACGGCCUCCAUUGCAGCGGGUCGACGAGUCAAGUAUGCCGCUGGCAUCGGAGGGGUUGCAAGGGGUACAGCCUCAGGAGGUGCUCCUUUGGCCCGCAUUGCCGUUCACAAGGCAUGUUGGGCAAUCCCUGGUAAGCCAAAGUCCGACGGCAACGUAUGUGUGCCCGAGGAUAUCCUUGCGGCCUUUGACGCGGCCAUAGGUGAUGGUGUCGACGUACUUAGUGUCUCCAUCGGCCUCCCCCAACAAAAAUCUUUCGACCAAGAUGUCAUGGCUAUCGGAUCGUUGCAUGCUUUAAGUCGCAACAUCAUCACUGUAUGCGCUGCCGGGAACAGUGGUCCUAACCCAUCAACGUUGUCAAAUGUAGCUCCGUGGAUCAUAACUGUUGGUGCUAGCUCCAUCGACCGACGAUUUUACUCGCCCGUCUAUCUCGGAAAUGGCGUAGAAAUCCCCGGAUAUAGCAUGUCACAGAACACAAGGAAUGUCAUGUAUCCAUUAGUUUACGCAAGCGAUGCAGCUCUCCCUGGUGUGUCUACCGACUCUGCAGGGUACUGUCUAGCUGGUUCACUUGACCCUUUCAAGGUGAAUGGGAAGAUUGUGGUGUGUUUCACCGGAAGUGGACUAAAUAUAGAUAAAGGCAUUGAAGUGAGCAAAGCCGGCGGCGUCGGUAUGAUAUUAGCUAACUCCAAAUCCGAUGGAGAUAAACUAUCUUUCGACAUUCAUUUCGUUCCCACAACUGAAGUUAUAUACGACAGUGGCGUUCAAAUUCUCCAAUACAUCUAUUCCACAAUGUAUCCUACUGCAACUAUCGUGCCGGUUCAAUCACGAACUUACAAAGCGCCUUUAGUGGCACCGUUCUCUAGUCGUGGUCCAAACCUUAUUGAUCCCUAUAUUCUCAAACCUGAUAUUAUCGCUCCGGGAUUUCAGAUUCUAGCAGCAUGGAGUCUGGCAUCAUCUCCUACAAAGCUUCCAUAUGAUCAAAGACAUGUGAAAUAUAAUAUAUUUUCAGGAACUUCCAUGGCUUGUCCUCAUGUUUCCGGUGUGGUUACACUUCUCAGAGCAGUACAUCCCGACUGGAGCAUUUCAGCUAUAAAAUCUGCUCUCAUGACUACCGCUACAUUGACGGACAAUUCUAAUAACACCAUUGAAGAUUUUAGAACCUAUAUUGCUGCAAAUCCCUUUGAUUUUGGGGCCGGUAAUUUUCGACCUGUACUAGCAGCGGAUCCUGGUCUUGUCUACGAUGCCUCGUAUGAAGAUUAUCUUCUAUAUCUAUGUGCUGUUAGCCCCGGACUUCUAAGCAAAGAAACUUUGAGAAGUUUUUGUCCGAGUCAAGCUUAUUCACUUGACCUCAAUUAUCCGUCAGUUGUGGUUGCCAACCUUUACGAUCCUGUGACAGUAUCGAGAACAGUUACCAACGCAUGCAACUGUCAGAGUAAAUACACUGCUAGCUGGUAUCUACCUGCAGGGAUUGGAAUUAUAGUUAAUCCAGAUGUGUUGUAUUUUGACUAUAUCGGCCAAAAGCAAAAGUUCACAGUAACAUUUUUUCGAACUGAUAAUUCAGUGACCAACCAGUAUGUGUAUGGCUGGUUCAUGUGGAAUGAUGGACUUCAUUAUGUGAGAAGUGUUUUUGCUGUUUUUGUGUCCUAG